CGGAGAUGGGCGUCCAGGGCUUGRCCUCCUUCCUGGACAAACACCRGAACAUUUACCGGGAGGUUCGGUUCGGCCGGAGCCGCCUGCUGGUCGACGGCUGCAGCCUGUACCACCAGCUCUACUUCAGCUCAGGUCUGGAUCAGAACCACGGCGGGGAGUACGCUGCCUACGGGUCUCUGGUGGAGAGUUUCAUCGCUGCUCUGAGGGCCUGUGACAUCACUCCCUACGUGGUUCUGGACGGAGGUUCUGAUGUCUUCAAGGCGCAAACAGCAGUGAAGAGAGCCACAGAUCGGAUCCAACAAAAGGGCCGAGCCAGUGAGAGCGGUGAGCACAGAGACAUCCUACCGAAGCUGGCCGAGUUGGUCUUCAUACAGACGCUGGCCCGGCUGCAGGUUCCGGUGGCCCAGUGUUUUGCAGAGGCUGACCAGGAGAUAGCGGCGCUGGCGUCAGAAUGGYGCUGCCCGGUUCUGUCCAACGACAGCGACUUCUUCGUGUUCGACCUGCCGGGGGGGUUUCUGCCCAUCAGCCACUUCCACUGGCGGGAGGUGAGGCAGAGCGGCUCCCGGAGCUCCGUCUCCUGCAGGAGGUACUACACCUCCAGCUUCUGCAGCUUCUUCGGACUCCGGCGCCAGCUCCUGCCCGCCUUCGCCGCCUUGGCCGGUAACGACUACGUGAAGCUGAGAGGGAUCGACUGGACUCGGUUCGUCCAGGCCGGUACCGGCACAGAGGCCUGCGGCCGCCUGGAGGGGCUGCUCUGCUGGCUGAAGGGGCUCCAGGAGUCCCGGGGGCCCCUGGAGGUCCUGGAGGAAGCACUGGGCCUGUUGGGGGACCUGAGCGGGGACAAGCGGGAGCUCCUCCAGAACCUGCGUCUGGGGAUGGAGGAGUACCAGCUGGGUCGGAGCGCUCUGAGCCGCUUCUUCCUUCGUGGAGUGCCGCCUGAGUUCCCAGCACUGGAGCAGGGAGGCGAUCGGGUUCCAGCCUGGAUGCGGGUUCCUCUGGCCGAGGCCCGGAUCAGCGGAGACGUCCUGGAUGUUCUGAUCCAGAGCUUUAAGAAGGCGGUGGAGCGAGCCGUAAAGGAAACCAGCAAACCUCUUCAGCCUCCUCUUCCUCCUGCUCAGACGGACAAACAGAAGGUGGACCAAGGACUGAACUGUGAGUACCGGCCCAGCGCCAACCAGACCUCCCGGCCGCUGCGACAGGUGAUGUACGGCCUGCUGCUGGGCAAAGACAGGUUCAGCCCAGUGGUGGAGUUUGACAGAGCGGGUCUCGGGCCGAUAUCCGUCCCAGUGGAACCAACGUUCACCAGAACCAGCCAGAGGCUCAGACUGGACUCCCUGCCGCAGGUGGCGCUCUCUGACCGUCUGAACGUCCUACUGGAAGCUCUGGGAGUGACCCAGGAGUCUCUGCGCCUCCUGCCGCCUCAGCUGCAGCUCCCAGCAGCCGUCAGCUGCUACUGGCUGCAGACAGCUCAGCCUCCUCCAGACCUGCAGAGGGCGCUGCUGCUGGGGAUGAGCAACACGCCGAGGUCCACAGCAGGUACCUGCAGCUGGGUCACGUCUGAACUUAACGUCAGUCAGGACAAUGGGGGAAGUUAA